CGAAAGUAACUGUGGGGCCUCUGCUUUGCAGGAAGCUGCUUGGCCACAGCAGCCAGACGUCCCCAGAGCCGUGGCAGGAGCUGGCUGUGCAUCUGGUCUCCGUGCAGGCCAUGGAGGAAGAAUUCCAGUUCCUGCUCUGCCAGGGGUGCCACAAAGAGCCCAGGAGUCCCAAGCUCCUGUCCUGCCUUCACACCUUGUGCAUCGACUGCCUGGAGGAGAACAAGCCGGUGGGCCAGUGCCCCAUCUGCCAGGCUCCCAUCCCACAAGCCAGCGGGAUCCCAGACCAGGACAACCUGCUCUUCGCCAACCUGCAGGCCAAGCUCCGCACCUACCAGAAGAUCCGCAGCGGCAGCGGCCUGGUCUGUGACCGCUGCAGGGAGCCGGCUGAGUUCUGGUGCGCGGAGUGCGAGGAGUUCUUUUGCAUCAGAUGCUUCGAGGCCCACCAGUGGUUCUUGAAGAAGACAAGCCAUGAAACCAGGAGGGUGAGUGAGCUGAAGGCAGAAUCUGCCAAACAGUUCGUGGAGGGAGCAAGGAAGUCCAGCAUCCUCUUCUGUUCCAACCCCACCCACAAUAACCAGAACUACAUUACCAGCAGUAUCUACUGCCGAGGGUGUUUGAAGCCGCUCUGCUGCGCCUGCGCCCUCCUGGACAGCGAGCACACCAAGCUCUACUGCAACAUCCAGACAGAAAUCGAGCGGCGGCAGCGGGAGCUGGGGCACCUGAGCGAAGAGCUGAAGAGGAAAAAGGCCCAUUUUGAAGAUGCCCACAACAGCCUCAAGGACAUGGCUGAGGACAUGGACCUGGUGAGGAAUGAAACCCAGGAGCUGAUCCGGAAGAGGGUGGAGCAGAUGGUGCAGCUGAUCCAAGAGACGGGGCAGGAGCUGCUGGAGCAGGUGGAGAGGCGGCAUGGCCUGAGGAAGGAGGAGCUGGAGGGGAAACUGAGGCAGACGGAAGCCGUGCUCACAAGGAUGGGGGCCGGUGAGCAGCUGGUGGAGAAGAUGCAUCUCUACGCGUCGGACCAGGAGGUGAUGGACAUGCACCCCCUCAUCAAGGGCUCACUGGAGGAGCUCAGGAAGCUGCAGCCCCCGGCAGCGGGAGCCAGUGUCCAGGCUGAGGACUUUGCCGAGUGCAAAGCCAGACUCCAAGCUCUGUUUGUAAGAGUGACCGGGGAGAGAGAUGCUGUCUCCUGUGCCGCUGCCCCAGCAGCUCCAGUGACGGAGGUGACUUUGGUGACGGACCUGGCCGCCCCAGGGAAGAGACCAGGCCAAGCCGAAAAAGCCAUCCAGACACCUCCCAAGGUGCUGAAGCUUGAAUCUCCGCCUCAGCCACUAGAGAGCACCCCCCACAAAUGCAACCAGGACUUGCCAGACUGGGACCUGCAACCUGGGCCCAGCACCUUGAUGCCCAGCAGAAACUGCGGCGGGGCCCUUGCAGCCAGGGGAGCCGUGCUGUCCCGGGAGCUGGGGAAUGCCCAUCAGGAGCCCCGAGAGCAAGAGGACUCCAGCAUCGUGAUAAGCAGCUCGGAAGAUACCGAUGAGGACACGGUGCUCUCCAGCGUGCUAGAGGACAGCAAGGACUCCUCCUGGCUGCCGUUCGAAUGGGACCCCCCUGCUCCCGGCUCUCGGGCUGUGGCCAGCGCUGGCUUUGCGGGAAGCACGAUGGUCUUCUUCGACAUGAAGGUCAACAGAGACACUCAGAUGAUCACGCAGCUGGCUGCAGUGAGCGGAGAAAGCAGCUUUAAGGCCGUGAUUCAGACCCCCGAGUCGGUGCUCAGUUUGAUCUCCCAAGGCGUCUCCCUGGAGACCGGGCUGGAGCAUUUCCUCUGCUACCUCCGCUCCGUCCCCAAGCCCCUCCUAGUCGUGCAUAACUUCUGGGCCUCGGAGCUCACCGUUCUCUUUAAAGCCCUCGAGUCUUUUGCCAAGAAAUGGGACUUCUGCACGGCUGUCUGUGCUUACCUGGACACCCUGCCCUUGCUUCGGGAGAGGAUUCCCAUGCUUGGCCGCUAUAAGCUGAAGAACCUGGUGAGGAUGUGCCUGCACAAGCCGCUGAAUGACAGCAGCGCCCUGGCCUCGGCGAAGGCGCUGAGGGACCUGUGUAAACACCUGGAGAUCCACACCAACCCGGACCCGAGGUCUGUGCGCUCUCAUUGCAACCUGGAAUCUUACACUUCUCUUCAGUCCUUGCUGCAGGAGAAGUUGCUCACCAGGUCGGCCGCCAAGACGCUGGCAAUGCGUAGCAUGGUCCUCUGCGUACUGCAGGAGUCGUAGCAGGAGACGGGGCUGCCCAGGCCUGGCAGGAUCAGCCCUGAGCUUGGCGUGGCGCUACAGUGUUAUUCCCCGCUGCUGCUCCCUGCCAGCCUGCUUCUGCUGGUGCCGUCAGUGGCCAGAGUGUCUGUGCUCUGGCUCCCGGAUCCCUGUAUCCCGCUGGGCCCCAGGAGGCAGCUCUGUCAGGCUGGCCCCUGGACUGAAAACGCUCUCCCUUUCCCUAGCACUGCUGAGCUCCCCAGCGCCAGCGGCUUUUGGAAUGGCCGGGGCCAGGCUCUGCAGGCCUCUGUGUGCCGGGAAUGAUUAAACCA